GAGCAGCUCUGGGGAAAAGUCAUUCGUCUGGAUUGUCUGCUUCGAGUUCUUGGAUCGUUUCUCUUAGCGAACAGAUGUAAUCGUGCCUCUGAAGUGAACGAAACACGAAGUUUACGAGAGCAAAGGUGAACUUUUCCCAAGGAAAAAGUGUUGAAAAACUCAAGAAAAAUGCUUAAAUUGUGCAAAAAAAUGUUCUUUAGUGAUUAUAGUAUAGCUAUUGGACUAUAAUAGUUGCAAUUUCCACGUUCAUUCGUCAUUUGGAUUACAAAUAUCGUCAAGAUGCACAGUGGUAGCUGUAUAGCACCAUCAACCCCGGCCUUCUCCGUGUCCAUUGGGAUUGCCGCGUUGGUGCUGGAGGGGCGCUCAGGGACGAAUGACGAGGAGCCACGCGAUGCCUCCGGGAGUCAGCAGCAAUUGUCAUCGACGUCCACGGCGAGCUUGUGGGCAAAAUCCGAUUCCGUUCAGAAUAUCCAUCGUCUGAAGCAGAAGUUGCGCCAAUUGCGUUCGGCACCGAGUACGAGUAAAGAUUCAGCAGAGUAUAGCCAAGCCACGGGCACAAUGCUGACAUCAGCCACUGAGGAUUUUGACUCGGACAAUGAUCUCGAACCCAUUGUGAAGGCAACAGCAACAUCAUCUAGUGCCAGCAGUUCUGCCAGCUCCGGUGACACAGCGAGUCUUCUCGAUUCACUGCAGAAUCUCGCAUCGACGUGCCUCAAAUCCACCAAACCGAGAUCCCUAAAGGCAAUUGGUUUGUUCAAGAGUGAUUUGGAUACGAGCUUCUCCAGUCUGCGUGCCAGAUCGUCGUCCACGUCGUCGGUGAUGUCCAAGGAGAUGAUGACAAAGAAAUGCAGCAGUAGUACCAUUGUGAAGAAAUCCAGCACCUCAUGUGGCUUUCACUGUGAGCAAUUCCUCAAGAAGAUUGGUGUCAUCAAGCAAUCGCAGGACAAUGAUACGGAGCACUACUGCAGUGAUUUGGCAGAAAGUUGUUGUCGUUGGCAAAUGCAAUAUAAACAAAUGGCAGCUAUUCUCAGUCGAGGCAAUGGAAUUUGUAUUGAGGUGUAUCUUGGGCCAGAAAUGCAACCCCUACUCCUUGAACAGUGGAUCAUACAGAAGAUUGACAAACCCGUUGAGCCCGCUAUGACACUCCCAUCACUGUGCACGGCAAUACGUAGUCAGUUGCAUUUUUCCCAGAUCACCGCAUGGACGGAUUUGCUGUCCAGCGGCGAGGAGAUGCGCGACAAUCCUCGAAUUUCCUUUGGACAAUCCCUUGCACCGCGUCUCGAUAUCUUCUAUCGCGUUAAGUCGUACGAUGCGGUGUCGCACUUUGACAAUCCACCCCUUGUGCACAAUUUCCCGAAUGUGCGUCUGGAUGAUGGUGUGGCGGUUCAGGUGUGCCUGAAGAGUUUGCCGCGCAUGGAUGGCAUCCCGAAGCUCAAUGAGGAGCAAGCGGGUGCGGUGAGUGAGGAGAGGGAGAUGAUUUCGGUGCCAUGUUGCAUGGAGAAGGGGAAGCAUCGGUGUACAUUUGAUGAGGAGUCCCCCACGGAGAUUAUGAGUAGUAUGGAUAUCCUGCCAUCGGUGUUGCAUCGGGAGAAGCAGCUGCAGAAGUACAAGAAGAGACUAAUGCGGCGCGAUAAGAAGAAGAUGAAGCAUGGAGCUGAUGAGGAGAUGUUUGGGAAGUGGAUGAAUGCUGCGGGGGGUUUUAGUGGGCAGGAAGACGAGGAAGUUGCUGCAGUGGUGGCAGCACCGUGUAUGCCGAAGGAGAUGGAGGCACGGAGGAAUUGUGCGGGGGAUACGUGCAAUGCACACAAUGGACCGGGGGAUAAGAUGGUGCCCAAGCCACCGAUAAAUGAUCUCAGACCACCACUCUAUUUCGCGUCCCAGGGUAUUGGGUCGUGCCUGGAUAGUCGAUCCAGUAUCCCACCACAGGCACGGAGUGCCAAUCAAAUGACACAGGGGACCCAAACGGCCACAAUGGUCCAUGAUUCGAUCACUGUGUCCACCCAGACCGAUCUCAUGGACUGCUUUCCACAAUGUGAUUUUUGCAACAAUGAAAUGCAAUACAUAUGCUGGAACUGUGAUAAUAAUAUUAUUGUGAAUCUGGCCAAGGAUGAGACUCCGUGCAAGAAGGUAGCACCGCUCAAUAAAGCGGAUAUGCUGCUACAGGCGAUGCAACGUACAGCAUUGGCCAAGAGUCGAUCCCACGAUCACACGUGCGACAGAGGAUCAUGUGAUAGCGCCAAUGGGGAUUUGGAUUGUCGCCUGUGCAAGAGGCAGAAGAUAAAGCACAGCUAUGCAACCGAAGCAACUGAUGUGCGUCGUGAGUUGAGUCAGUUUGAUGAGAUGAGUCUCGAUGUGGUGGCCAAGUCAGUAAAAGAAUUUUCCGUGGAAGAUCAAUAUAGGACUCCACCCCCUCAACCAAGUGGUACAACUGCCACAAUAGCAACUGCCCAAACACCACAGAGGGGUGCUCCAACAUCCGAUGGGUUUAUGGCAACAAAUGGUGUCAUGAAUACCGUAAGAUCUUCCCUGAGUCGUGUGCGUAAUCUACCAAAGAUCAAUCUUUCGAGUGUCUUCAGCGAUGAACGGCGUGGGCAUGAGCAUAAAUCCUCCCCAAUUCCCAUAAGAAAUAUUUUCAAUUUUGACGUUGUAGCACCCGAACGUGAUGAUUCGGUGGUUCCUGUGCAAAAAUCCAAUUCAGCCCCAACUUUCAAUGGCAACUCACAAACCCUUUCGCCGCGCUUUAUUAAAUCCGCCGCAAUUUACAAGAGGAGAUCACGACAUCUCUCCGAUCGAUCGUCCGAGAGAUCAUCCAUCGGAUCAGACGAACAGAUUUCAGAUGAUGAUCUCACAAUUGAUAGCCCAAUGACAUCACCAAUUAAGCUCUCAUCGAGUUCCACGUGGAAAUUACCAUUCGGCCGUAGAGGGCUUUUAGGAUCUCUGGAGGAAUCUCUUCUACAGAGGCGCAUUGUUCCAAAAUUUCAAGUUCCUGGCUUUCGAAUCUUACUGGGAGCAUCCGGAAGUUUCUGUCCAACACAACUCACGAUCCCCGCUAAAACUUUCUUCUACGAAAUCUCCGGCGAGACAAUCAGUACGCCAUAUGUGUGUGAGGUACGUCUUUCACGAAAGGGAUAUUCCAUUCCACGUUCGGGAACAAUUCAGGUGACACUGCUGAAUCCAUUGGGGACAGUGGUGCGCAUGUUUGUGGUGUCGUAUGAUUUCCGGGAGAUGCCCAAUAUGGCCACAACGUUCAUCCGACAGCGUGUAUUGGCUUUCGAUGAGGACCUCAAUCCAGGCCGGGAGGUGGCUAAUUUGACGACAUUGGAGCAAAUGAAGCUCCUCCGUUAUGUCAUUCAUCUCAAAUUUCAAACAUCACGUUCGGGUCGAUUGUCCCUCCAUUCGGACAUAAAGAUGCUCAUUUCGAGACGAACGGAUUGUGAUACUGCAGCUGCUCACGCCAAAGAUGCCCUCGAGAGUCCCAAUGAGCUCAAAACACUCACGAUACAGCCGGAUAAUCCACGUUAUAGUCUCCGGAUUGAUAAGUAUUGAUGUGGGCAGCGUGCAGCUCUCAUAUGAGAAUAUGUUAUUUUUUAUAUAUUCUCAUAUGCGUGAAAUAUUUUAUUUUAAAAUUUUUUCUUUCAUCUAAUUACUCGAAAAAAAAAUCACAGAAAUUUUUAAUGAUAAAAAAGAAACAAUAUUUUAUCGAAAUAAUUUUAAGUUUUAACGAUUAGGCAGCGCGAAAAUUUUUCUUUUUUUUAUUGAGCGUAGAAUUUUAAUUUGUCGAUGUCUCAUCUUUUUAGCGUUUUGUGAUUUUUUUCUUAAAAAUAAUUUUUUAGAAUUAUAUAAAAAAUGUGAAUUUUUCUUCUAUUAUCGUCAUGAAAAUAUUUUUUCCUUAUUUAUUUUUAUUCUUAAAUUUAUGCCAAACGAAAUUUUAGCAUGGAUUUAAAGAAAAAACCGAUGAAAAUGAAUAAGCAUUCAUUUUGCAAUAUUUUGUUUUACAAAAAAAUGGAAACAAUUCUAUAAUUUUUUAUUCUUGGCGGAAUUUUAUGCAAUUUGGGUUGGAUUGAGAAGAGGGGGAGUAUUUAAGGAAAAACAAAAACAUAGUCAUUUCUUGAAGUAUGUAGAAAAGAAGUUUUAAAUGGAAGAGAAUUAAAUGGAGAAAUUUUA